AUGGCAAGCGCAGAAGUAGAGACAAUGGCGGCGAAACCCUCGCAGACUUCUAUUCAAGGAAGGUCGGCUGUACUAGAAGCCGUACAAGAUAUUGUUUAUGGAUCUACCGCUGGCAUCGUAGGCAAAUACAUUGAAUAUCCUUUCGACACAGUCAAGGUUAGGUUGCAGUCUCAACCGGACCAUCUCCCUCUUCGUUAUACUGGUCCGCUUGAUUGCUUUCGGCAGUCUAUCAAAGCCGAUGGUUUUCUAGGGCUAUAUCGUGGAAUAAGUGCGCCGCUUUUCGGAGCCGCGGCUGAGACAAGUAGCCUCUUCUUCUUCGAGCGCAUAGGGCGCGAAGUGGUGUACGCGUCGGGAUACUUUUCGCGCGAUCGGGUGCUUCCGCUUUCGGCAUUAUGGUUUACUGGCGCUUUUUCGGGAGCAUUCACCUCUUUCGUCCUUACACCAAUUGAACUUGUAAAAUGCAAGAUUCAAGUGCCCACAACGACUAGUAUAGAUGGGGCAGCGCCGAGGCCCCCCCGUAUCAUGUCCGUCAUCCGAGAUGUAUACAAACACGAGGGCAUAAAGGGCUUCUGGCAUGGCCAAAUGGGUACAUUUCUCCGAGAAUCCGGCGGCUGCGCAGCUUGGUUCGGUUCCAAAGAGACCACAACAAAAAUGUUCUAUCUCCUCAAUGAGCGAUCUGCUACGUCGCAAGCGGAGAAGGAUAUCUUGGCUACAGAGGCAUUGCCGUUAUGGCAACAAGCUGUCGCUGGCGCCUCUGCCGGUAUGUCCUAUAAUUUCUUGUUCUUUCCCGCCGACACCGUCAAGUCUCGUAUGCAGACCGCACCAGUUGGCCAGUCUACUCAACCUAGGACGUUUUGGCAGGAGGGGAAGGCAUUGUGGAAUCAACACGGAUUGCGCGGACUCUAUCGCGGAUGCGGUAUUACAGUUCUGCGAUCAGCACCCAGCUCAGCGUUCAUCUUUAUCGUUUUUGAUGGCCUAAAACGGUAUUUUCCGAUGUGA